AGAAAGCAAGUAAACAGGUUGAGGAUCAAACGUGACACAAAAUAUACAGGAUUCGAAGCCCAAAGCGAUUUUAGAACGGUCGCGAUUUUAUCUUAAUCAUUUCUGGUUAUUUAUUUAUUUUUUUUAAUUCAUAGAAAAGGGUUUGAUGCCUUUGCCGGGAAACCUCCAUCGAAUUUGCAAAAGAAAAUAUUUUAUCCCAUAAUCUGAUGGGAUUUCCUGACAAUCCUACAAUGAUCAUAUCUGCAAUAGUUCUGUAUCUGCUUCUUCUGUCACAUCAGGCAGUGUCAGAGGAGCAGGUGCAGCGCUAUGUUAUUAGAGAGAAGGGUGAGAAUGCUGUACUACAGUGUCUUGACCAGCCAGUUAAUGCGUCUUCACUUCUUUAUCGUUGGAAGAAAAGUGGGACUGUUGUUGCAAACCCCUUGAAGCCAUCAGAGCAUCUUUCCAUUUCAAACAAUGGCUCUCUUUGGAUAAGUAGCCUUCAGUCUACAGAUGAAGGCCAGUAUGAAUGUGAAUCCCAAACAAAGGAUGGCAGCUCAUGGCAAACUCUCUCAAACAUCCUGCUUCGGGUUGCUGAGGGUCCAACUAGCAUCUCACUGGCUAUAAAACCAGCAACUCUCCUACAGAAUGGAACAUUAUAUGUCACAAAAGGUUCAUAUGUGUAUUUUAACUGCUCCAGUGAGUCUUUUCCCUCUCAAAACUUGACAUGGACUGUUGAAGAUUUGGCGCUGGACGGUUAUGACAGGGCGUCUGGGAACAAAUCGUUCAUUGAGUUCUCCAUAAGAAACAUCCAACCAAGCGAUCAAGGGAUAUACACCUGUACAUCCCAGAAUACACUCUCCAAGACAACUGUGAACAAGAGCCAGGAGCUACUAGUUUACUAUGCUCCAGAGAGGCAUCCGGAGUGCAGUUGGGUGAUAGUAAAUGAGCCAUUCGAUUUCUUGUUCAUAUGUAGCUGGUGUGGAGGUUACCCUGUGCCCACUCUGGACUGGCACGAGGUCCUUGAAGAAAAUGUUAUAGCCAAGGGUCCCACGAUCAACUCCACGUCUCAGGAGACAGAACGGUUGGAGGUCCAUGUGAAUAGGUUUAUAUUGCACAAUGUAAAGGAAGUGAAGUGUAUCGGACAUCAUGUGACUGGUGUGGAGAAAGCCUGCUCCUUUGAGCUCAAGAGGCCGUAUCCAUUAGGAGAUCCCUUGGUAACCGCUCUGGAGGGCAGUAAUAUCACCCUCAGCUGUACUGAGACCGACUCUCUGCCACCAGCUAAGACUGUCUGGAAACAAAAGGACAACAAAAUCAUCAACACCACCUCCAAAUAUAUUGUGUCUGAUAAUAAACUCCACUACAAACUCAUUAUAAUCAAUGUAACAAAGGAAGAUGAAGGGGCCUACUACUGCUACAGUGAAAACCCUCUUGAUGCAAGAGCGCUGGAAGUGUUUCUAACUGUGAAGACUUCUGCAGGUAAUGGAGGGGCCGUAGUUGGUGUCUUUGUUUCCAUUUUGAUAAUGAUGAUUGGAGUCACUGUUGGUGUAACAGUAUAUUCAAAGCGGGAUAGAAUUUGUAUUGGUUUAGGAUUUAGUCAUUUAGAUGAUGACAGAAGGGAUAUACUGAGUUUGGUGGACUCAGAUGAAGAGGAAAUUUUCCAUCAUACUGUUCCACAACUCCCUCUGCUGACAAACGGACAUGCAACCACACUCGUAGAGAUUCACAGAAUACCAUCCAGUGAUCAUGAAGAUAAGGCAGACAGUACCAAUCAACACAACGAUCAAACACAUCCAGAAUAAGUACAACAGUCAGCAGACAGCUAGUUAUCAGUUUAAAUGUACAGAAAAUUAAUUCUUCAAAAUGGUCAACUCUGCUAAAUUAUUUGUUUGUUUUUGUUUGAUAUUAUCCUUGUAUAAUAUUCCAGCAAUCUGUGUAAAGUGUAAAGAUCUUAAACUUAUUUUAGAGAGGACCCGUUUUUAUUUUCAGUAUUAGGUUUUAAUAUACUGGCCUCGCAUCAAUUAAAACUUUUACUACUCCAUACUGUGUUAUGAAAUGUUAUUGUUACUUGAACUGGUUUGAAUAAUGCUUUCUGUAAAAAUGUAUGGGUGAAUUUCAACAAAAUAUAUCUGGCUCAUAUUGGCUAAAUAAUAACAACAACAAUAAUAAUAAACUUAAGG